CGUAUUGCACAAUUUGUCUCGUUCUUUACCUUAUUACAGGUUAUGUUCAGUUGAGUUUUUGAUUUUGCAAAAAAUUUGAUAAUAGUGUAAUUUUGCCACAAUUUUAUAAUGGCGCAGAGUAAGCUCAACGACAUGGCGGGCAAAUUUGCGAAAGGUGGACCUCCCGGUCUGGGCAUCGGCUUGAAAGUUAUGGCUGUCGUCGGUGCGGCGGCCUAUGGUGUCUCACAAUCGUUGUUUACCGUGGAGGGUGGCCACCGUGCAAUCAUGUUCAACAGGAUUGGAGGUAUCCAACAGCACGUCAUGACUGAAGGCAUGCACUUCCGCAUCCCUUGGUUCCAGUACCCGAUCAUCUAUGAUAUCAGGUCGCGACCCCGCAAGAUAUCUUCCCCCACCGGCUCCAAAGACUUGCAAAUGGUGAACAUUUCGUUGAGAGUACUCUCGCGCCCCGACUCGAACAGUCUCCCGACCAUGUACAGACAGCUAGGAACCGAUUAUGAUGAGAAAGUCUUGCCUUCUAUCUGCAACGAGGUACUCAAGUCUGUGGUAGCAAAAUUUAACGCGUCGCAACUAAUUACACAGCGUCAACAGGUCUCAUUGCUCAUCAGGAGAGAGCUUGUAGAGCGCGCGUCGGAUUUUAACAUCAUUCUAGAUGAUGUCUCUGUGACUGAGCUGAGUUUCGGCAAGGAGUAUACUGCUGCCGUUGAGGCCAAACAAGUGGCACAACAAGAAGCUCAGCGAGCUGCUUUCGUAGUGGAAAGAGCUAAGCAGGAGCGCCAGCAAAAGAUUGUCCAAGCUGAAGGUGAAGCUGAAGCGGCUGAGAUGUUGGGUAAAGCUAUGGGCAUGAACCCUGGAUACUUGAAGUUGCGCAAAAUCAGAGCUGCUCAGAGCAUUUCUAGAAUGAUUGCUCAAUCACAGAACAGAGUCUUCCUUCCUGGCAAUAGCUUGAUGAUUAACCUGCAGGACCCUACCUUUGAUGACCUCUCAGAGAAGCUGACGAAGAAGAAGUAACAUAUGGAUCCGGUGGAGUGCGCUGAAGCUCUGGAGGCUGCGCCACCUCUCACCGAUGUUGAAGCUGCUGUACUGAUCAGUGGUGCUGCUUCAGUUGCUGUAUAGUGCAAUAACUUCCUAAUUUGAGCAUUUCUAAGUCGAAGGUUUACAAUUUAAAUGGAAUUCAAAAAUGUUGCAUUUUAUGUUAAUUAGUUGUAGGACUAUAGUAUGUAUGAGAAUCAAAGAAAACAAUACACUAUCUUACAAACA